ACAAGAGAAGAAGUUACAAGAGAAGAAGCUACAACAGCAGAAGUUACAACAGUAGAAGUUACAAGAGUCUGCUGUUACUGCAUUUGACCAUAAGCGUAUAAAGAUGUCAAAGGGAAUCUAUGAAUACACAAAUGGAUUUGAAGACGAAGAACCUAAUGAAAUAAAGACCAUUGACAUUGAUGAUCAUAUAUACAACAACAAAAGACCCAUCGUGCCCCGCAAGAAGGAUGGAGCUGGUGAUCAACAUUCAGUGUAUCUUUGGAGGUGGAAGAGACAUUUCCCAACUGCUGCAGUGUGUCUGGGGCUGCUGUGUGUUCUCCUGCUGGCUUGGAUCAUAGGCCUGUUACUCUACCAGAGAAACCAAUUGACCAGUUCCGACACCCUGACCAAAGAGAGAGACCAGCUACAGACCAGUUACAACCCCCUGACCAAAGAGAAAGGACAGCUACAGACCAGUUCCAACACACUGACCAAAAAGAGAGACCAGCUACAGACCAGUUACAACACCCUGACCAAAGAGAGAGACCAGCUACAGACCAGUUACAACACCCUGGCCAAAGAGAGAGACCAGCUACAGACCAGAUACAACACCUUGACCAAAGAGAAAGACCAGCUACAGACCAGCUACAACAACCUGACCAAAGAGAAAGACCAGCUACAGACCAGCUACAACACCUUGACCAAAGAGAGAGACCAGCUACAGACCAGUUCUAACACCCUGACCAAAGAGAGAGACCAGAUACAGACCAGCAACAACACCAUGACUAAAGAGAGAGACCAGUUACAGACCAGUUCUAACACCCUGACCAAAGAGAGAGACCAGCUACAGACCAGUAACAACACCCUGACUGCAGAAAGAGACCAGCUGCAGACCAGUUACAACACCCUGAUCAAAGAGAGAGAGCAGCUACAGACCAGCUACAACACCCUGACCAAAGAGAGAGACCAGCUACAGACCAGUUACAACACCUUGACCAAAGAGAGAGACCAGCUACAGACCAGUAACAACACCCUGUCUGCAGAAAGAGACCAGCUGCAGACCAGUUACAACACCCUGAUCAAAGAGAGAGACCAGCUACAGACCAGUAACAACACCCUGACUGCAGAAAGAGAUCAGCUACAGACCAGCUACAACAGCCUGACCAAAGAGAGAGACCAGCUACAGACCAGUUACAACACCUUGACCAAAGAGAGAGACCAGCUACAGACUAGUAACAACACCCUGACUGCAGAAAGAGACCAGCUGCAGACCAGUUACAACACCCUGAUCAAAGAGAGAGACCAGCUACAGACCAGUAACAACACCCUGACCGAAGAAAGCGACCAGCUACAAAAAGACACAGAAUGUCUGAAACAAUCGUUAGUUCAGAAAGUGUGUCCUCAAGGAUGGAAGAAGUUUGGUAGCAGUUGUUACUACGUCUCUACUGAGUACAAAUCCUGGGAGGAGAGCAGACAGGACUGCAGAGAUAGAGGAGCAGACCUGGUGGUUAUCAACAGCGAAGACGAUCAGACUUUUGUCAACUGGUUAUGUGGAGUAAAGAACUAUGUCUGGAUUGGUCUGACUGACUCUGUUACUGAGGGGACCUGGAAAUGGGUGGACGACACACCACUGACCACAACGUAUUGGAACAGUAAAGAGCCUAAUGGUGGAAGAGCUGAGAACUGUGCGUAUUUCUACUCCUGGUCAUCAGACACAGGAGAAUGGUGGGACUAUGACUGUUCCUAUAAAUACAGAGGGAUCUGUGAGAAAUAGGAUUCAUCCUCUGUACUCUCUGAACUACUAAAUAAGAUUUUGCUAAGUUCCAUCAAUGAGAAGCUAUUUUCUGCUCAUUCAAUUUACCUUGUCAAGUACAUGCAAUAUAUAACAAUGCAAAUGUAUAAUACAUUAUAAUAAAAUAACAAAACAUAUGCAAUAACAAUACAAUGAAUUGAUAACAGAAAGACUGUUCUCUCUGUUGUCGUGGAAAUUCACCACUAAGGACUGAAAUUCAAAGGAAAUGAAUCAAUCUUUAUUAUCACAGUCGUAGAGGUUUAUUGACUCAAUACAAGCCUGAUGUUAAUUUUUAUUUGUUUUACUUUUUUGUUUAGUUUACAUGGUAAAUAUUUUCUUAACUCUUCUUG